AUGUCUGCCAAAUCUGGAGUUGAGCUUCGACCACUUGGAAAGAACGGUCCCCUAGUUCCUCGUAUCGGCCUCGGAUGCGUCCCGCUAGGAGGUGGCGCAUACGGCGUCGCACUCUCUGACGAGGAGCGCUUGGCUCUUCUGGAUGAAGCCUACAACAUUGGCGAAAGGUUCUGGGACACUGCGGACGAGUAUGCCGACGCUGAAGACGUCCUGGGCAAGUGGUUCCGCGCAAACCCCGAGAAGCGCAAGGACAUCACCCUUGCCACCAAGUUCGCCAUCCGUCCUGGGGAAGGGGGACGUUCCAAGUUCACCGUUGACUCUUCGCCGGAGUACUGCCGUGAGGCCAUCGAGAAAUCCCUUUCGAGACUCGGCGUGUCAUAUGUCGACAUCUACUACAUCCACCGCCUCGACAAGGUGACGCCGAUCGAGAAGACAAUGGAGGUUCUCGUUGAGCUGAAGAAUCAGGGCAAGAUCAAGCACAUUGGCCUCAGCGAGUGCAGCGCAGCCAGCCUCCGCCGAGGUCAUGCCGUCCACCCCGUUUCUUGCAUUCAGCUCGAGUACAGCCUCUUUUGCAGGGCUAUCGAAUCGCCUCAGACCCCUCUUCUGGAGACAGCUCGCGAGCUCGGCGUGGCGGUGGUGGCGUACGGCCCGCUCAACUCGGGACUGCUCGCUGGGGCCAUCCGCUCUCGUGAGGAUAUCUCAAAGCCUGGAGAUUUGCGUGGCUUCGUCCCUGCGCUCAGCGAAGAAAAUCUGUCCAACAAUGUGGGUAUUGUCGAGAAGAUCUCGGAGAUUGCCAAAGACGUCGGCGCGACCAACAGCCAACUGGCUCUGGCUUGGCUUCUGGCGCAGGGCGACGAUAUUUUCCCCAUUCCUGGGACGACCAAGAUCCACCGCCUUAGAGAGAAUACAGCGAGCAUGUCAAUUUCUCUUUCCAGUGAGCAGAAUCAAAAGCUUCGAGAGCUGGCAAGUAACUUUGCGGGGCAGAGGGUUCAGGAGCUGUUGGGUCAUGCCUUUGGUGACAGUGCUCCAUUGCAGUAA